AUGCAAAUAAAUACAACCACGAAUGUAUCACCCAACAAUAAUAAUGAUAAACGACAACAACAAUUAAUCGGAACCACCACAAAUAAGCAAAUUCGUUUGAAUAGUUUUGGUAGAGAGGAAGCUGAUCAUCACCAUCAGCAGCACAAUAAUUCGGAAGGAAUUUCAAUGGGAACCUUUUCAUUAAUUACAUCCAAUAGAAGAUCAAAUAGUAAUUUAUUGCAAAAUAAUAAUAAUAAUAAUCGUGAUGAUCAAAACAAAUUGUUGCAAAAUAAUAAUAAUAAUACAACAGCACCAUCAAUGAUGGCAAUGAUAGAGGGAAAUAAUAUAUUCAAAAUAACAAAUCAUUUUGUGGAUAAUGGAUUGGAAAAACAAUUUAAAUUCAGUAGAAGUAAAAUUAAUUAUUUGGAAAAUAGUUUAUUUGUUAGGGAGGAGGGAACAACCAUUCCGAUGGGAGAGGAAAAUGUGACUCUCUAUUUUUCUAAUGUAAAUACUAAGGAGCAAGUGCAUGUUUCUGGAAUUCGUCCUGAAUAUUUGAAUGGAUUGCAUUGCAUUCAUAGAUUUUACAAGAGUACGAAUACUAAUUUUUACUAUGCUACUUGUAGGAGUGUAUUGCUGAUCAUUGAAGCAGGUAGAGUGGUCUAUUCCAUUGAUUUGAAGCCAGCAGAUAAUACAGAUGGAAAGAAUGCACACAAGUACGCUAUCAAUGAUGUUAAAGUUCGAGAGGGAAAUACUGAGAGUAAUAUCAAUUUCUACUAUUUUAUUAUUAGUACCAAUUCUGGAUUCAAGAUUAUCAAAUGGGAGAGAAUUCACAAGGAUACUCAUAAGGUAGUACUUGAAUGUUCAAGAGAUGGAAGAAAAGUAAUGCAAACGAGUUUAAUUAGAGAGCUAUUAUGUGUGUAUGUAUUUUAA